GGGGCGGAGGACGGUGGCGAUCAGCUGACGGGGUAAACAAAGCGUCCCUCCCGAGCAACAGGUGGACUUUGAGGAGUGGCUCCCUAAACUCCUCCCUCGGAUCUCCUUGACGUGGUACCAAUUAGACCUGCUUGUUAAUGAAGCAUAAAGGCCACUGUAAGGCACACUCUUCAACCAUGAAGCACGGGAGGUGAGCCUCACCCGAUGGUUUAGUCGUGGUUUGUCCGUGUGAGGCCUUCAACAAUACUCAACAAAAUGUCAGCUGUCCGAGGAGAGGUAGCGGAGGCUCCCGUGAGAAUACUGAGCGCAGCCACAAGGAAACACAUGGCGUGCCGACUUGAUUCCCGAAAGAUCUUGUUAGCCUCUCCAGGAGUCCACAGAGACUGGAGAGGUGUGGCUGAACAAGCAGAUCUGGAUGUGAGCAGCAUUAGUUGCUGGGGAAAAAUUUCCCCAACAGAACAUUGUUUACACAUACUUGGACAGAAAGGAAGUCUGGUGGGUCAGCUGUGGAACUAUUUAGAGAACAUGGAUCGCUUUGAUAUAUUGGAUGAUACUCGAGAAAUGAUAUAUGCUGAUUAUGACAAGGUUGUAAGCCAGGGAAGUGGUGCCUUGGCUGCCUUGCCUCCUCCCAUGGACCAGCUGGUGACUGAUAUAGCUGUUUAUGACAAUAACGUUCUCACUAUUGAUGACCAUAAAAAUUUGAGCUUGGGCCUUGGACUGCAACAAUACACAGCCCUGGUCCUGUUUGCCGAUGAAGAUAUUGAUUUUGUUCAAGAAAUGGUGGAGAAGUUAGAAGGAGAAUAUGGUCUAAAGCUCUGCCUAAAAGAUAGAGACUUAGUUGGAGGCCUCCAGUUUGAGUCUGACAGCAUCGUGCGGCUGAUCAUUGAGCGCUGUAUGAGGGUCAUUGUUGUUCUGUCACCUGAGUUCUUGGCAUCCAACGCAAACAACUUCUUUGUUCUGUUUGCUCAUGCCCUUAGCAUAGAUCAACGGAGGCGUAUUGUUAUUCCAUGCCUCUACAAGCCCUGUGUCAAGCCGCCUGUGAUCAGCUUUUGCCAUUCUCUGGACUACUAUCGUGCUAAAGGAUACUGGAACUACUGGGAAAAGCUGCGAGACUCCCUUACGUAUCAACCUUAUUCCCCUGCCAGAAGAGAGCCGGGAGUAAGGAUACGAGAAAUAUCCGGGACCUCCACGUCGUCCCAGGUGUCCACCAGUUCUCUCAGUCUCACCACACCCUCGCCAUCGCAGUCGCCAAGUUUUUUCUCCAAGUUUCUUCGUAGAUCAGAUCAAAAAGGAAAAGCUAAAAGUGGCCCUGCUGCUCUAAAGGAUGUUGAUCAAGCUGACAAAGAUGAAGUCAAUCAGUCAGAACUGGAUGAACAGGAUGCCAUUGGUGAAAAUGGAUUUCCCUACAGUUCUGCCAUCCCAAUACAAGAGUCAAACCGGGGACCUUAUCUUAAGCUGAACCCAUCCUCUGCCUCAGGGGAGUCAAGUGAUUACACAGGUGUCUUUGAGAGCUUACCAGACGUUCCCACAACUUCACCAUGUGCCAGCCCCAUGAGCACCACCAGUUCUGCAGCUCUCUUGUUACCAGAGGACUCUACAUCCACCUCAAGAUCACCUUCCAGAAUUUUUGAGAAAUUUUUCAAAGGCAGGAAAAAACAUAAAGUACCUAUGUAACUAAUCUCUCAUAUAUUCAUAGCUACACACAUGUAACAAAAUGUUAGGAUAAUAAGCUUAAUAUGUUUCCAAUUGCAUGUUGUAAGAGGUGACUGUCGUAACAGUGUUGAGGCUGAGGACUGGAAUCCCUGUCACUUUUUUUGUCCUGAACAUGUCAACAGACUGGUCACUUGGGCUUUCCUCUGCCUCAAUGAGAAAGCUAGUUACGGAUUUCCAAAAUAUGUGUUAUAUUCAUGUUAUGUUAUUCAUCAAUUAUACAUUUUUUAUGUUAAAUGUAAUAUGGUUAGGCAAAGUCAUAUGCCAAGCUUAAAAACAUUUCUUUAGUAUAUAUCAUCAAAGUAAAGUAUAUUUGUUCACCAGUAAACUACCAGUUUGGUAAGUAGAUUUCUAUCCAUCGUGUUCUAUGUAAGCCGUGGAAAUGAAUUUUAAUCAUUGCAGACUGGAGUCUCUGCUUCACACCUAUGUUCAGAAAAUGGUAUUUAUGUGUAUGUCAACAAGCAAUUAAAUAUCUAAAACAGAAUGGAAUGUGAAACUUAUGUUUAGCAAAAAGUUUGGGCAAUGUAUAUUUUUGCUUCACUGCAGUUGCUGGCUGGUAGAUCCAACAUAUUCAUGCUUUGGGAGAGGGUGGCUGAGAUUAGUGUGCAGUUGUGGCAUUGUGAAGAACUGAGUUCAAGUCCCACCUGCCACUACAAACUGGCAAUUUUCAGUCAUCAGCAAGUGGCAAAAGACAACCCACUCACUGUCCUCAUGAACACCCACACUCUAGCGAAACUCUCUCAAGAGGAUCAAGUGGAGCUCCUUGAGGGCACUAUGAGCCAAGCAAGAAUAAAGGUAAAGUUAGAUUCAUUUGGCAUAACUAUGCAUGACCUUAGUGUUCAGCUCCAUAGCAUUGUCCCUUGAGCAUGUGGUGGGUAAGAGCCCAGGAUACAGGGCAGGUUUGACAUUCAGGUUACAACAAUUUACCUUCCCCAGGUUUCCUGAGGUAACCAUUUAUUGACCAACCAUAAAGGGAGCAUAAACAGCUGGGUGAACUGCCCACUGACUGCCUGGGCCGAAAUUCCAACCCAGGCCCAUGGAUUUGUAGCUAGGCAUGCUAACCACCUUAUGGAGGGAAGUAUAGUAAGAAUGGCACCAGUAUAAAGUAUUUGCCUGCUAAUGGGCAGGGGCCAACUAACAGGCCCCAUCAUGAAAGCUUACUGGCACUAUAGGCAAUGCUACUGUUUCUGGACAAUAUGUCAAUGUUCUGGAUAGGAGAAUAAAACUAAAUUGGUAUGUAGGGUAGGCGGUGGCUGAGUGGUUAGCGUGUGGGUCCCGCAUUCACCGCGCCAUGGACGAUGUCGGUUCAAAUCCCCACACUACCACCUGGGAUUUUUCAGUCACCGCUGAGUGGCUUAAGACUACCCACAUGCUGUCCAGAAGACCACCCAUCUACCCGGACUAGAAGAAGCCGUCCAAGUGAAUCAAUAAUGAGUUCCAGGGGGGCAGCAUGAGCCAAGCAUAACUGGCGCCACUAUGAAAAAAUUGCCUGUGCCACAACGGGCUUGGGCCGACCACCAGGCCCCUGAAGAAAGCCUACUGACGCUUCAGGCCGAGUCAUAAAAAAAAAAAGAAUCAAGAAUGAGUUCCAGGGGGCAGCAUGAGCCUGGCAUAAAUGGCGUCACUAUAAAAAUUGCCUGCGCCAUGAUGGGCUUGGGCCGACCACCACGCCCCUUAAGAAAGCCUACCAGUGCUACAGGCAAAGACGUAAAAAAAAAAGAAAAAAUGUAUGUAUAUGUUUAUGAGUCAUAAAUGGAAAGUUAAACAGCAGAGCAAAAAUCACCCAUCAUGUAUAUUUAGUUAACUCCUCAUUUAAUUCUUUUUUCAGGGAGCAGAUUUUUUUGAUUACUUAUUUUUCAUAUAAAGCAAGUGAAAUUGAAGAAAUUGUGAGAGCAAUAGCCUCGUUUUCAUGUCUCGGCAAAACCUGUAGGUGGAUGGUAUAUAGAUAAAUAGUGUCAUGACUGGUAUGUGACCUAUAAAUCAAUAUCAGGGUGAAGUGCUUAUAACGGAUAGCAAUUAAUGUUGUUCACUUUUACAUAGAAAAUACUUAAGUCAACUUAUAAGCUGAGUAUCAUUAGCAGGAAACUAAAUGAUAGGGAACUAACAAUGGCUGAAGGUGGUGGAGAUACUGAUUAGUGAUACUUAUUUACAUUGUGUAGUGGAAUAUAUACACACACACACACACACACACACACACACACACACACACACCACGUACUUAAGGUCAAAACAAGAAGGGAACAUACAGGUCAAAGGGAGAAGGGAACAUACAGGUCAAAAGGAGAAGGGAACAUACAGGUCAAAAGGAGAAGGGAACAUACAGGUCAAAAGGAGAAGGGAACAUACAGGUCAAAAGGAGAAGGGAACAUACAGGUCAAAAGGAGAAGGGAACAUACAGGUCAAAAGGAGAAGGGAACAUACAGGUCAAAAGGAGAAGGGAACAUACAGGUCAAAAGGAGAAGGGAACAUACAGGUCAAAAGGAGAAGGGAACAUACAGGUCAAAAGGAGAAGGGAACAUACAGGUCAAAAGGAGAAGGGAACAUACAGGUCAAAAGGAGAAGGGAACAUACAGGUCAAAAGGAGAAGGGAACAUACAGGUCAAAAGGAGAAGGGAACAUACAGGUCAAAAGAAGAAGGAAACAUACAGGUCAAAAGGAGAAGGGAACAUACAGGUAAAAAAAAAGAAGGAAACAAACAGGUAAAAAGAAAAAAAGAAGGAAUAGCUCAAAAGAAGAAAGAACAGACCAAAAGAAGAAGAAGAAGAGCUAAAAAGAGAAGCAGCCAAGCAGGGAACAUGGCGUCAACAGGUGAAGGAGUAAUAUCAGUCAGCCCCUUCAGUGCCCCUUUCCGUGUGUCCGGGGGCGUGGCAGUCUGCAGGAGGAGGCACGGGGCACCCAGGAGUCCCCAGCCACGUGAAGACCCAGCUGAGGAGGGUUCUGAUGGGGUGAAAUAAGUGGUAAAUAUGUUUCAGUUCUGGUGUGUGUGUUUGGUCCAUAUUACUGUUAUUAUGAAGCCACAGAAGCGUGAAAUUAUAUAAUAGAAACAAUUAAACGGGUCACAGUGUUAGUAUGAGCUUGUGUCCCGUAUUCCACAAGCCGUCAUAGCUGUCGGUCAUAGCGAAACAACAUGGCGCAUUUCGGGCAUAACUCCGUCAGAAACAACGAUGCCAGAUUGUCGUACUCUGCCUCUUUUGUUUGCCGAUUUCCGACCCCAAAACUGCUUUCAUCACCCAAAUAACUGCCUUCAUAUGUAGUUAUAGUUAAAGUGGUUAAUUAUUGGGGCUUCUUGGCAAUAGCUAUGGCUCAGAAACCGGUAAAUACGCGGCUCUGAGUACGAUAAUCUGGCACCGGUGGUCAGAAACUCUUGUGGUCGACCAUAAAAUUGCGCGGGACGCUGUGUGGGGCUUAUGACCGUCACAACUCACAAGAGGGUCAGCAUGGCAGCACCACAACAACAAGAUCCCCAGCCCAGGAAUAUUUUACGAAGAAGGGACGUGCUGAACGAGCUUAGUGAUGAUGAGCUCAUCCAGAGAUACCGUCUCGACAGGGAGGGUAUACUGUUCGUCACCAAUCUUGUGCGGGAAGCCUUGUCGAGUGACACAAGGAGGAGAAGCCCGCUCACCCCGGAGAUGAAGGUGAUCCUGACCCUGCGGUAUCUUGCCACGGGGAACAUGCGAAUGUGCAGCAGCGACGGCCUCGGCCCCUCACAACCCAGCAUCAGCAGGGCCAUCACCCAGACCAUUGAGGCCCUUGUGAACAUCAACAUCAUCAAGCGGUUCAUCAGUUUCCCCACCACCCAAGACGUUACCGAGGCGAACAAGGCAGACUUCAUGAACAUUGCUAAUUUUCCCGGGGUUAUUGGUGUCGUUGAUGGGACACACAUAAGAAUUGUGGCACCAAAGGAGGAGGAAGACGUGUUCGUCAACCGCGAGGGAUAUCACAGUAUUAAUGUCCAGGUCAUAUUCGAUGCCAACUGUCGAAUAUUGGACAUCCUUGCGAAGUGGCCUGGGGCAGUGCAUGAUGCACGCAUUUUGAAUGGCUGUGGAGUGGCAGCAUUGUUCCAGAGAGGGCAUGUGCCACCAGGGAGUCACUUGUUGGGAGACGGUGACUAUCCCAGCAAGCCAUGGCUCCUGACACCAUACCUGCACCCUCUGCCUGGACCUCAGUCACACUAUAAUAGUGCCCACAAACGGACAUGGAGUGUCGUAGAACGGGGAAUAGGACAGCUCAAGCGCCGCUUUCACGUCCUACAGAGCGAGGUCCGAUUAACUCCCCCGGUGAAGGUGUGCAGGCUGAUACAUGUAUGCGGCAUGCUCCACAACAUCUGUAAGGACAGGAAUAUUCCAAUUCCUUUUGAUGUGGCUCAACCUAAUGUUGAAGAAGGGGAUCUUGCUGUGGCACAAUCUGAGGAUGUGCAAGUAGCACCACCACCUCCAGCUGGGCAGCAGAACGAAGAUUGCCCGUAUCGAGAUGAAUUCUGCAACUUGCAUUUCAACAACGAAGACUGAAACCCGUUCCUCAGUACGGCUGGCCAAGUACAUGCCAAGUGGUAUGUGUGUUGGCCAGCCCAUCCCCAUCAAGAUGUCUGGCCAUUAGAACCCCAGUUUUGAAGUUAUGAGGUUCCAUCUCCUGUCGGCACACAGCUAUCCAUGCACACUUCAGUCAUCUCUCAUCCUUCCAUCACUCCUUUGAUCUCAAAGAAUGAAACAGACUGCUCCUGAAAGUUGCCUGGAUGCGCACGGCCUCCAGAGAAGUAGCUUGGUUCAGAUGGCUAGCAUAGACCACAGAGGGGCACAACACCUGGCAGCCUGCAUUGCACCACAUCACACCUGAAAGAAGAAAAAUUCAAAUGAAGUUGCAGUAAUCUAUGAUAAAUUAGAUUUACUAAUCUUUUCCUGUAACUCAUUGUCUAAUGAAACCUAUGUAAGAUUGUUCAAUAAUAAUACAAAACACAAUA